CUAGUAUAUUAAUUAUUAGAUAUUUGUCAUAUCUAUAUAUAUGGGAAAUAUUUUUUUAGAGUUGGUUACACAAAGGCGGCAAUCCAAAUUCCAAUUUCUAUCAAUCAAUUAAAUAUUACAAUAUAAUAUAAGCUUAACCAUCGAUUGUCGAGUUUCGACAGGUGUUUACUUGUUAAAAUUUAUCUAAUGUUAUUUAGGUGUCACAUUUAAAGGUCUUAUUUCUAAAACAAUGGCAGAAAGGAACAAACGGCAAAAUGUGCCGGUAAAACGAAACAGAACUUUGGCUGUUCCCCUGCUUAUAACAUCUUUAUUAUCUCUCGGAGUAUCCUACUAUGUGUAUAACUUGAUAAAUACUCCUCCUGAAAUGCCUAAAGUGAAUCUAGAAGCCUAUUGGGGUCCAUAUCCUAUGAAAUCAAAUCCUGAUAAGUCUAUCAGGAGCUAUUCUGUCGAAUUUUCUGAGGUGAUGGUGAAUGAGUUACGAAACCUUCUGCUCCAUAGAAGACCAUUCCAACCACCACUUGAAGAUACAGGUUUUAAAUAUGGUUUUAAUUCCAAUUUUCUUACCCGAGUUCUUGACUAUUGGCAAAAUAAAUACAAUUUUGCAGACAGGCAAAAUUUCUUGAACAAAUAUGAUCAAUAUGUUACUAAUAUUCAGGGACUUGAUAUACAUUUUGUACAUGUGAAGCCAAAUGUAGGGUUUGAUGUUGAUAUAGUUCCUCUAUUACUUCUACAUGGCUGGCCCGGCUCCUUUAGAGAGUUCUAUGAACUCAUACCAGAGUUGGCUUAUAAAUCAGGAAAUGAUUUUGCAGUUGAACUAAUCAUACCUAGCUUACCUGGUUUUGGAUUUUCACAGGCUCCUGCUCGACCAGGCAUGGGUCCAUUAGAAAUGGCUGUAGUUAUGCGAAAUUUGAUGGAACACAUUGGGCAUGAAAAAUACUAUAUACAGGGUGGUGAUUUUGGUCAUGGAAUUGGUUCAAUAAUGGCAACAUUGUUUCCUGAUAAAGUCUUGGGUUUCCACACUAAUAUGCCAGUUGUCGGACAUCCUAUGGGGACUAUUUAUACACUUUUUGGUUCAAUUUUUCCAAGUUUAAUAGUGGAACCGGAAAUACAAGACCGGAUCUACCCACUCUCUAAACAGAUUUCGUUUUUAUUAGAAGAAACUGGUUAUAUGCACCUACAUGCAACCAAACCAGAUACAAUAGGCAUAGCCCUAACAGACUCCCCAGCAGGUUUAGCAGCUUAUAUUCUAGAGAAAUUCUCGACAUGGGCAGACCCUAAUAAUAGGAAAGCGAGUGAUGGAAACCUUUUGUCCAACUAUAUGUUGACACAUCUCCUGGAUAAUGUAAUGGUGUAUUGGGCUAGUAAUUGCAUUACGACGUCGAUACGACUGUAUGCGGAGGCCUUUAGUAAGAAACAAAUAGCGUAUGGGAUGGAUAUGAUACCAACAAGCACUCCUACUUGGGGUAUAAAAUUUAAGCACGAAAUUUUCACUCAACCCGAUAUAGUUCUAAAGCUUAAAUAUAAGAACUACUUACAUACAACAAUAGUGGAUGGAGGAGGUCAUUUCGCCGCCUUUGAGUCGCCUAAAAUCCUGGCCAAAGAUGUGUUGCAAGCUAUUAUUACUUUUAGGGAAUUUUGGGGUGUAAAAACAGUGAAUCAAACCCCUCAACCUGAACCAAUAAAAGCCACUUCAGUUCAUGAAUUCACCGUCCGGGACAUAUAUGGAAGAAAUAUAAAACUUGAAAAAUAUAAGGGGUAUGUCCUCUUAAUAGUGAAUGUAGCCUCACAAUGCGGGUUGACCAACAAAAAUUAUGACCAAUUAAACGAAUUAUAUGACAAAUACUCAAAAAGUAGGGAUUUCAGAAUUUUAGCAUUUCCCUGCAAUCAAUUUAACAGUCAAGAGCCAGGUUCAGAGCAAGAUAUAAUUAAAUUUAUUAAUAAGAGAAAUGUUGAAUUUGAUGUCUUCGCAAAAAUUGAAGUGAAUGGUGACAAUGCUCAUCCCUUGUGGAAGUUUUUGAAAAGGGUUCAAGGUGGUUCACUAGGAGAUUUUAUUAAAUGGAAUUUCUCUAAGUUUAUAGUUGAUAAGAAUGGGGUCCCAGUUGAACGGUUUGGGCCUAAUGUGGAUCCUAUUGACUUAGAGCCGUAUUUGGCUAAAUAUUGGUAACUGUAUUUAGUUAUUUAAAGAUAAACUUAACCAAUUACCCUAUAUUAAAAAUACAUACAUUGGUGAAAUAUAUAUCACAGUGAUUAAAUUAUAAAACUUUGGGGCAAAUCCAAGAAUGUCUAAUAAAUAAAAUUAUUGGAUUUUAAUAGCGUAAAACUAUUUGCAUGUUGCUGAUGAUAUUAGUUGGUCAAAGACCAAAAUAAACUUAUAAUUAUCUUGCUCCAAUAUUCCACUGGUUAGUUGUUGAAAGGAAGUCUAUGUAUUCUCAUGUUUAGUUGAAUUUAUAUUUUUUUGUAUUAUGCAUAUUUUAAAUAUAUAAGUUACUGUUAUUAAAACUGUGCUCAAG